AUGAUGCAGGGCAGUAGAGGCGGAUGCGAAUGCGGCGGUCACAAUAGGUUUAGCUGGAGCAUCGAAAGGGGGGCUUGCAUAUGCACUGUGAAGUGGUCGUUAGCGGUUGGCCUGCAGAUGUCAACAAACAGUAAAGAAGAUAAGGUGUCCAUGCACUGCACAUCUCACUGGUCUUUUGAAUUUAUAAAACGGAUACGCCGGUACACAAAGGAGGAGUUAUUCAAGACACAAGAGGCACACAGCAUCAGAAACGAGGAGGAGGCUGAGAUGAGGCUGGAGACGGAGAGACGGACAACAGAGAGAUAUCAGGAGAACAAACAACAACGACGAAGACGAAGACGACGACAACGACAACGACAACGACAGACAACACACGACAAUGAGAAUAAAUGGUUCGACUACAUGGUUACGGCACAGGAACAGGAAACCGAAUGUAAAAGGGGUAAAGGUGGGAGAAAGAAGAAGGAAAGAAGAAAAAAGAAAAGAGAGAAAAAAAGCCGGCGACCAAACAACAACAAGAGCUCGCCCGCUGGGCCCCGGCCCCUGCGCCACACGGGCGAUUAUUCUGACUUCUGA